CAACACCGGCGACUGGAGGUUACUACGCGAAUUGCGAUUACAGCCGAAGUUUCAGUUUGAAGUUGUUUAGUGUCCAGUUACCAGCGUAACGGCUUUUCGAAACGGGAAAACAAGUGACCAUUGGGUGAACGAGUGACAGGAGGCGAAGCGCGGAAGUGGGUUGAAGGAGGAAGCAGAGGAAGUCCAGUGAUCAACAGUUUCCAGGGAAGCAGCUUAAGCCGUCGAGGAAGCAGGACAAUAACUGAGGAAGCAGUUUAGAAACUAGAAGGAGCAGAAGACUGUCCAAGGAAGCAGUUUAGUCCUGACCGAAAGCAGUUUUACCCUGGCAUAAAGCAGUUAAAGAAGUGAGGAUAGCAGUUUUACACAACAUCUAGCUCCAGUAAAAAGGGAAAACAAUUAAAACAAAGAAUUAAGGAUCAACAUUGAAUAACCUGAGAAAGUAUUGCAUACCCAGAAGAAAGCAGACAAGAAUGUAAACAGCUGACAUGAAAGACAUUUAUUUAGGAAGCACGAAGAAGUGAAAGCCGUACGACAACUAAAAGGAUACAUUAAGCAGUAUAGUUCUGGCAGUGAGGAGAUAUUUUUAACGCAGCUAAGAAAAAACAUAAAGAAACUCAAAGCAGAAUUAAUAAUAAAAUAUUAAUAAAAUUAUUAGAUAAAGUAGUUAAGACUUUAUUGCUGAAAGCAAAUCUAUAAACAGGGUAAAAAAGGCUAAGCAAUUUAUGAAGUCAACAAGCCAACCAGAAAAACAAUAUCCUCGAAAAAAAAUUUAAAAACUGAAAAAUUCAUAAAAAAAAAGUUUAAGAAAGCAAUACCUUAUUACACUUUUCUACAUUUACAUCAAAUCAAUAACUUAACAAGCAAGUAGAUAAGAGGAAGCAGUUUUAGACACCCUAAAGAAUUGUACCAAGCAGUUUUACAAUUGACAAAAGCAGUUUGGUCCCGGAAGUAAGCGGUUUUAGAAUCCACGGAAGCAGCUAAACAGGAAAUCAUGCAAAGGAAAAACAGUUAGCAGUGAAAGCAGUCAAAUCACUAUUAGUGCAAAGUGCCAGCAAUUGCACUCGCAAUUAUAAAUUAAAUGCGUGCGCGUACAAAGCGACGCCAAUGUCCAAACAAUCUGCAAAUGGAGGUGGCCCGCUGCUGCUGCUCACCUGGUCAUGGCUGGUCAUGAUGGACUGCAGCGCGCUGGACUGGCAGCAGGUCAAGCCGAUGUACCUGGUGUCCAUGUACCCGGGCCCCAUGGGUCUGUCCACCUCCUCCUCCUCCACGUCCCCCUUUUCCUCCUCCUCAUCCUCCUCCUCCUCUGGUUCCCUGGAACACGAUGCUGAAAUGAGUGCCAGCAACUUGGACAGCCGCCACAUGAAGGGAACGGGAUUGGGCAUGGAUUUGGGAGGGUUCAGCGAGGAGGACCUGGAGGAUCGGGAGCCCAUAGUUCUCAAUCUGGAGACCACGCCGCUGCUGGAGAAGAUGCUGCCCGAGGGCGCCAUGGCCAUGGAUCGCAUCUUUGGCGGCGAUGUGGGCAAUCCCCACUGUUUUCCCUACCAGGUGGGAAUGCUGCUCCAAAGACCCAAGGGUCUCUACUGGUGUGGCGGUUCACUGAUCUCCGAGAAGUACGUCAUCACCGCCGCCCACUGCGUUGACAUGGCCAAAAGGGCCCUCGUUUUCCUGGGCGCUAAUGAGAUCAAGAACGCCAAGGAGAAGGGUCAGGUGCGACUAAUGGUGCCCAGUGAGAACUUCCACAUUUAUCCCACCUGGAAUCCAAAGAGAUUGAAGGAUGACAUUGCCUUGGUCAGGCUGCCUCAUGCCGUCAGCUUUAACGACCGCAUUCAUCCAAUCCAACUUCCAAAGAGGCAUUACGAGUACCGAAGUUUCAAAAACAAACUGGCCAUAGCUUCCGGCUGGGGUCGCUAUGCGACUGGAGUCCAUGCGAUCAGCAAUGUGCUGCGCUAUGUCCAACUGCAGAUAAUCGAUGGUCGCACUUGCAAGUCCAACUUUCCGCUGUCCUAUCGAGGUACAAAUAUAUGCACCAGUGGAAGGAACGCCCGAUCCACUUGCAACGGAGAUUCGGGAGGCCCCUUGGUUCUACAGCGGCGUCACUCGAAGAAGCGAGUCCUGGUGGGGGUGACCUCGUUCGGCAGCAUCUAUGGCUGCGAUCGCGGCUAUCCGGCGGCCUUCACCAAGGUGGCCUCGUAUUUGGACUGGAUCAGCGAUGAAACCGGAGUGAGUUCGCACCAGGACACCACGGAGGCGAUAUUCUUCGACCAGUACGUAAGAGAGUAUGGAAAGCCGCGACAAAGUCGCCGCUCGGAGAGGGAGGAGCAGCCAGAGGACGAUGUGCCCGAUGAACUGGACGUGCACUCCAAGCCCGCCUCCGACGAGGACAUCUCCGAGGAUGUCAGACCGAGAACCCGCCCGCGCCAGCACUCCGAACACGAGUUCUAUUUCUUGUAACCCAAAAAUAAACGUUUAUUUUAAGUUGGAA